CAAGAUGGCGGCGGCGGCGGCGGGCGCGCUGGGGCGGCUGGAGGAGGAGGCGCUGCGACGCAAGGAGCGGCUCAACGCCCUGAGGGAGAAGACCGGCCGCAAGGCCAAGGAAGAGAGCGAACCCAAGGGCAAGCACCGGAAAGAAGAGGAAGGCGAGCCCGAGAGGCACCGGGAACUCAAGCUGCGGAACUACGUCCCCCAAGAUGAGGAACUGAAGAAGAGGAAGGUGCCCCAGGCCAGGCCGGCCUCAGUGGAGGAGAGAGUGAAAGACCAGCUGGAAGCCGCCAAGCCCGAGCCCAUCAUCGAAGAAGUGGAUCUGGCCAACCUCGCCCCCCGGAAGCCCGACUGGGACCUGAAAAGAGACGUGGCCAAGAAGCUGGACAAGUUGGAGAAGAGGACCCAGAGGGCCAUAGCCGAGCUGAUCCGGGAGCGACUGAGGGGGCAAGACGAAGACCUGGCGUCCGCCGUGGGCUCCGCCAAACAGGAGGAAAGCGAUUCAGACUAACCGGCCCCCCGGGCGCCCAUCCCACCUCCGCGGCAAGUAGCUCCCGGCGUUGGCCCAUCCCGGGAGGGAGCGGGGGGGCCGGCCUGCCCUUCCCGGGCCCCGGCACCGGAUGCCCGUCCGUCCCUUCCUCGCCGUCCCGCCUGAGGACCCUUCUGGAAGCGUAAGACCGCUUUACCCUCGCGGCGCGUCCGGGCGGAGCCCGGGCCCCUGUGGGGGUUGGGGGACCUAAGUGUAUAUGCGUAUUUUGAAUUUUUUUUCUACGUAUCCCCAAGACCGACGAGCCCCAGUGAGAGAGGGAGACCCAAACCCCUCUUCGGGGCGUCCCAGGCCACGGGACCCUGCGGGGUUCAGGCGGACGGACACCCCUGCCUCCCUCCAAUCGAUCACUGGAAUUUAUCGAACCCUAACUGCGUGCGGAGCACUGUAAUCAACGCGCGGGAGACUACGGCGCUCGGUAGAUACGUCCCCUGUCCACAAGGAGCUUAAAGUCUAGAGGGGGGCGCGGGCGUUAAAAUAAAUUAUGGAUUUGUACGUGA